GGAAGCCGGCCAUGGCGAAGUGGGCAUUAGGAACGCGGAGGUGGAAGGCUUGGCAAAGCUGAACGGACUGAGUGGAAUCGGAACCCAGGGCUCCAGGUGCUUUUACCACUUGAGCCAUUUCACCAGCCCACAUUUUGCCUUCUAAUAACAGAACAGGCCACAUCAGGGAAACAGAGAUGAGCACCUUUGACUCCUUUCUUCCAAGGCAUGCCUAAGGGAGGUUGGGCCUGCUAUGGACAAAAUUCAAAUGAGCUGCACAGUGCUGGGAAGGAACUGCAGGAAGCCUCCAGAGCCCUGAGAUGGCACCAAAAACCAAGAAGGGAUUGAAAGGCUCCAUUGAUGAUGUCCUUAGUGACCUCCUGGGGGAUGAUACAACACUCCCUGAGAAGCCUGUUGGACUGGCUUCCCAUGUCAGAGAUAUGGCAGGCAUACCUCAGGGGCUCCCUUCAAAGGCUAGAACAAGGUCCCUUGGCAACCUGGCAGGCCUGGCAGAAGCUGAUGUGGAGGAUCUGAAUGACAUGGAUGCUGAUAUCUUGGGUCUGAGGAAGUCUCAUCCUGCCUCUGGCAAAAAUGCUGCAAAGAAUUCUGGGAAAGAAGUGCCUAGCAAUCCUGAGCCUGCUGAAAAGUUCCUAGCCAAUGAGAAACGGGACACCAUUCCCACCAAGAAGCCACCUCCCUCUCUCAGCAGCUUUGGGCAUCAGUACAAGAGGUUUUCCUUUGAAGAUCUGGAAGACCCAUUGGCAGGACUUCUCUCUGAUGAUGAGGAAGGAACAGCCAAGGAGCCACUUGUAACAGAGAGCAAAACAGCUUCCAACAAGUGCCCCAGCACAGUCAGAGGUCCAGGUCCCUCUAUUCCUGUAACUCCUGGAGACACCCCCAUUCGAAAGAAAGAAGAAUUGCUGUUUGAUGAUGGGGACGACAUCAUGGCCACACUGGGAUUUGAAGAUAGCCCCAAGGCAGAGAAGCAGCAGACAGGAGACCAGGAAGGGCCCUUUCCUGCACGCUUCAAGCUGGAUGAGCUACUGGGUCGAGGCACAGCAACCAAACUCCUGGCUCGCCCGGGUACUGGGGACCAGAGGGAUUCCAAGCUAGACAAAAUGUACCAGAGGCCACAAGACAAAGAAGAUACCUGGGAUGAUGAGAUCCUCACCUUUGGGGCUUAUAAGCCCACUGUGGGUUCCUCUGAGGGCCGCCAGUCCCGCCGGCAGUCUGUCAGCAGAUUCUUAGCAGAAGGCGGCCCAGACCCUAAGGGAGAACUGGGUUCCAAACAUAGCCCUCCAGCAGCUUCCAGCCCCAUCCACCCUAGGAGAGGGGGAGCUGACUGGUUAGGUCUCAAGGAUGAUGACUUGGACCUGCUGCCUCCCUCUCCCACCCAAGAGCUCCAACAGGGAGGCUCAGCGAUCUCCACACCCUCCUUACCCGCUCCUCCAAGCCAUCACUCAGCCUCAGGUCUGCACUGUGCCCCAGCUGGGUUGCCCUCAGCAACAAAGCCACCAGCCAAGGGUGCAAGGUCCCCAACCAAAACCAGCCAGGCCUCCAUGCUGGGAGCAUCUGAGGAGAAAGAGGAGGAAGACUGGCUAAGCCAUGUCUUGUCUCAGAAGAAGUCACAAGGUCUGGCCAGAGAAGAGCACACUGCGACCUAUAAGGGCCUAAACUCAAGCCGUCCCCCAUCUGGCAGCCAACCUUGCACCAGCACUCAGGGGCUUAAGCAGGCAGCUGGUGGAGGAACCUCAGGAGCAACAAUGCAAGAAAUGCCAGCUGCCAGGCCUGACAUUGCAGGGUCCCCCAUGAGUUGCAGCCAGGCUACAUUGGUCCUCCCUGCAAGUGACCCAAAGAGAAGAUCAGCCUUGGGAGACCUCUCCGGCACUGAACCUGCAAUUUAUAUCCCGAGCUCCCAGGAACCCACAGGGCUCCCUGUGCCUGCCCAGUCCCUGCUUCCAGAUCCCCUGAUACAGAGCCUGUUGCCAGAUACAAGAUACCAGAAGCAGCUCUUGGCAGCCCAGACACAACUUCAGAGUGGCACUGCUCAGCUCCAGACUGAGUUGCUACAGAGUCAGGCCCGGCUGGCGGAGCUGGAGGCCCAGGUGCGGAAGCUGGAGCUAGAACGGGCCCAGCACAUGCUGCUGCUGGAGAGUUUGCAGCAGCGGCACCAGGCAGACCUGGAGCUUAUCGACAGUGCUCACAGAAGCCGCAUCAAAGUGCUAGAAGCAUCAUACCAGCAGCGGGAGGAGCGGCUCCGGAGAGAAAAUGAGGAGCUGUCUGCUCAGUACCUGUUGCAUUGCAAAGAGGCUGAGCAGGCCCGUGCGGAGCUCACAGCCCAGCACCAGCGCCACAUGGCGGCGGCUGCCCAGGAGAAGGACCAGGAGAUGGAACGGCUCCGUGAGCUGCAACGGACAUCCAUCCUGGAGAUGCACAAGGACCAUGAGGAGCAGCUGCAGAGACUGAAGCUGCUAAAGGACCAAGAGAUUGAUGCCGUCACCAGUGCCACCUCCCACACACGGUCCCUGAAUGGCAUCAUCGAGCAGAUGGAGAAGUUCUCCAGCAGUCUGAACGAGCUGUCCUCCCGAGUGGAGGCCUCACACCUCUCCACCUCACAGGCACAGGAGCUGGGGAUGCGGCAGCGGGACGAGCAGCUGCGAGCACUGCAGGAGAGGCUGGGCCGGCAGCAGAGGGACAUGGAGGAGGAGCGUGGCCGGCUUCAGGAGGUCAUCGGGAAGAUGGAGGCACGCCUGAAUGAACAGAGCCGGCUCCUGGAGCAGGAGCGCUGGCGAGUAAGUGCAGAGCAGUCCAAGGCAGAGUCCACGCAGCGCGCUCUUGAGGAGCAGAGGAAGGUCAUGGUCCAGCAGAUCACCAUGGAGAGAGAGGAACUGGAAAGGGCCAAGAGUGCCUUGCUGGAGGAGCAGAGGUCUGUCAUGCACAAGUGUGGGGAGGAGCGGCGGCGCCUGGCAGCUGAGUGGGCCGACUUCUUCUCACAGCAGAAGCUGAGUAAGGAACGGGCUGAGCGUGAGGCAGAGCGGACGCUUCAGGUGGACACCCAGCGGGAAGGCACCCUCAUCAGCCUGGCCAAGGAGCAGGCGGAGCUGAAGGUCAGGGCCAGUGAGCUCCGGGCCAAAGAAGAGCAGCUGGCAGCUGAGAGGGAGGCUGUGGAGCGAGAGUGGCAGGAGCUGCGACUGGAGAAGGAGAGGGUCCAUGCAGCUGCCCUGAGGCUCCAGCUCCGCACAGAGGAGGUGGAACACAUGAGCAAGGUGGCCUCCCAGAAGUAUGAGCAGGGCGAGCACGCUCUGCAAGAGGCCCGGCGUGUGCAGUCAGAGCAGCAGGCCCGGCUGCAGGUGGUGCAGCGGCAACAGGAACAUCUGCGACAGCAGGAGCAGCAUGUGCACCAGGAGCACCUGAGCCUGGCCCAGCAGAGGCUGCAGCUGGACCGCGUGCGACAGGACCUACCUUCCAGCCUUCCUAGGGCCCAGGGCCUGGUAGCUUCAAACCUGGGUGCGCUCGUGGCCUCUGCUCCUGCCACCUCUCAGCACAGCCAGCUGCCAGCGGGUCCAAGCCCUGUGCACUUCCUCAGCAAGCUGAUGCUACUGAAGCACACAGCUGAGCAGGACCACGACUUCCUGGAGGAUGAACAGUUCUUCCUGGAGACCCUGAAGAAAGCAUCCUACAAUAUGACUUCCCAUUCUGCCUGAGAGAGGCUCUGCCUUGGUGGAGCACCAAGAGCCCGAGUUCUCCCCCACUCCGUGGCUUGCCAGCUCUGGAGGAGGCACUGGGGAAGGUGGGGUGCUGCUCAGAGCCUGAUUGUAGCGCUUCAUGUGGACAGGUGCUGGCACGUUCUUUCCAGGCUCUGUGCUCUACAGGGAGAGGCAGCAUGGGUGUCCUCUCCCAGGGAGUGGUGAGGGUGAGACCAGUUCACCACCUACUGGGUCCUGGGGUCUAAGGAGGCAGCGAGCUUCCCAGCUGCCCCUGGGCUCACACCCUGCCCCUCCUCUGGAGCCAGUUGCUGGGGAUGUCUGUGCCUGGCCUCUUCUGAGGCAGGAACUUUCCUCGGAGAAUACCAUGUGCAGCCUUCUAUCUUGCCUGCCUGAGAGGUCCCUUCUUGAAUGGGGACAUAGAGCAGGACCUUCUGGUCUCCUGGCCGAGUAAGUCAGAUUCUUCCUCAAAAAUUGAUAUGCUCUUGGGAUUCAGCCAGACACCCACCCCUGCCUUCUCAAGCUGGCUUGCACAAGUCCCCACCUCAUUCCCAGCACUGCCUGAGUUACUGACUUGCUGAGUGUGGACACUGGUCUCUUCAGCUUCUUCUUCUUCAUCUAGGCCCCCACCAGAGGCUGGAGUAGGGAGCUCUGGGUGGUGGGUGUGGGGAGAGGGACAGGGAAGAAAGAUAGCCAGAGCCUCUGCCCCCAAAGGGGAAGCACUGGGAACACUGCUGCUGCUCCCAGGCUACCUUCGCCAUACCACAUGUGCAGGUGGUGUGCCCAAGGCCUGCUGGUGGGGCAGCAGAAGGAAAGCAGGCAGGAGGGGUGGUAAUAGUUCCCAGCAGACCCGAGACAGUGACUCAACAAUAACUGCAGUUACUCCUAAAGCAGUUUCUGUCCAGAAACAGCUCCUCACCUUCCAUCAAAGAGGCCAUUCAUGGAAGCAGGCAGGUAGAGGAGGAAAGCACCUCGUGGGGUAGAAGCAACACCACUUCUAUCUCUGCUCUUCACAACUUUCAGAGGGACUUUAUUUAUUUGCCAACAAGUUGCAGCUUUGGUCUUAGACCCAUUAAACUGCAAUACUCUUUUUCUGAUUUUUUUUGUGUGUAUAUGUGUGUGGUGCUAGGAUGGAUCCCAGGGCCUUGUACAUGCUAGGUAAGUAUUCUACUACCCCUGAGAUGCACAGCCCAUACACUACUAUAUUCCUAAAGACUGGAUUCUUAGAGUUUGCCAAGGGCCAACAGAGUUUGUCUUUCUUUCUUUCUUUAUUUUUUUUUUUAGUAAAAGUAACAGUAAAGUUUAUUAG